GGGCUUAGCGGGCUGGGGCUCUCCUCAGCGCGGCGCGCGCGGCCGAGGGGGGGGGAGCGGUGAGGGGGUGGUGGCCCCGCCACCCAGAUUCCCGCUUGUGGGGUGUCCCCGCCAGCCUGGGAGCGACCCGGGGCCGGCCCGCCAGGCGUGAGCAUGGGCCUCGGCUCUGCCGGACGCAGGCUGGGGAAAUACCGGCCUGGCGGCGCGGCCUGUGGGGCUGGCGGUUGUUUCGGGCCUAGUCUCUCGCCCCAGGCGGAAGGGACGCACACGGAUCUCUCAGUGUAUUGAGAGGCUUGAACAAACCAUUCUGCAGGAUGUUGGAAUUCCUGAAGCAGCCUGUUGUGGUCACUGCAGAGAUCAAUGUGAAUCUGGUGGCUCUGACUGUGAUGGGAUUAGUAAACCGGCUCUGGGCGCUCUCCUACCCACGGGCUGUGGUUUUUGAUGAAGUUUACUAUGGCCAGUUUGUGUCUCUGUACAUGAAGCGGAUCUUUUUUGUGGAUGAUAGUGGCCCGCCAUUUGGCCACAUGCUGCUAGCUUUUGGAGGUUACUUAGGAGGCUUUGAUGGAAACUUCUUGUGGAACAGAAUUGGGGCUGAGUACAGUAUGAACGUGCCAGUGUGGUCCUUGCGAUUGCUGCCAGCGCUAACUGGUGCCCUGUGUGUGCCUUUAGCGUACCAGAUUUUGGUAGAGCUGCACUUCUCCCAUUGUGCCGCGUUUGUAGCUGCCCUCCUGAUCCUCUUUGAGAACUCGCUGAUCACUCAAUCCAGGCUGAUGCUCUUGGAAUCAGUACUAAUCUUUUUUAUCCUGCUUGCAAUUUUGUCCUACCUGAAGUUCUACAAUUUACAGAAGUGCAGCCCCUUCACUGCAGGCUGGUGGUUUUGGCUUUUGCUGACUGGAGUUGCUUGUUCCUGUGCAGUUGGGGUAAAAUACAUGGGGCUUUUCACCUACAUGCUGCUCUUGGCCAUCGCUGGAGUCCACUCCUGGCACUUGAUAGGAGACCAGACCUUGUCAAAUGUUUCUGUGUUGUGCCAUUUGCUAGCGAGGGGACUAGCUCUAGUAGUCAUCCCAGUAGCAAUGUACCUGUCUUUCUUCUACGUUCACUUGACUUUGCUAUACCGCUCAGGACCUCAUGACCAGAUUAUGACCAGUGCUUUCCAGGCCAGUUUGGAGGGCGGGCUAGCUCGGAUCACACAAGGCCAGCCCCUUGAGGUGGCCUAUGGCUCCCAGAUUACCCUGCGGAAUGUUUUAGGCAAACCCAUGCCAUGCUGGCUCCAUUCUCACAAGAACACUUAUCCCAUCAGGUACGAGAAUGGCCGAGGCAGCUCCCACCAGCAGCAGGUGACUUGUUACCCCUUCAAGGAUGUCAAUAACUGGUGGAUUGUUAAGGAUCCUGGGAUGCAGCAGCUGGUGGUGAGUAACCCACCACGUCCCGUCCGACAUGGGCAUAUUGUGCAACUGGUCCACGGCAUCACAACUCGUUACCUCAACACACAUGAUGUUGCUGCACCUCUGAGCCCACACUCCCAGGAAAUCUCCUGUUACGUUGAUUACAACAUCUCCAUGCCAGCACAGAGCCUCUGGAGAGUGGAAAUUGUAAAUCGGGAAUCGGACACAGAUGUGUGGAAGACCAUUUUAUCUGAAGUAAGGUUUGUCCAUGUGAAUACCUCAGCAGUGCUGAAGCUCAGUGGUGCAUCUCUACCUGAGUGGGGCUACCGGCAGCUGGAGAUCAUUGGGGAGAAGUUGUCCAAAGGGUAUCACCAGAGCAUGCUGUGGAAUGUGGAGGAGCACAGAUAUGGGAAAAGCCAAGAGCAGAAGGAGAGGGAAGUGGAGCUGCACUCACCCACGCAGGCUGACAUCAGCAAAAACCUCAGUUUCAUGGCCAGAUUCACAGAACUGCAGUGGAAGAUACUAACAUUGAAAAAUGAAGACACAGAACAUAAGUAUAGCUCCUCCCCCCUAGACUGGAUCACUAUGGAUACAAACAUCGCUUACUGGUUCCACCCUAUCUCCGGUGCUCAGAUCCACCUCAUUGGGAAUGUUCUCACCUGGGCUUCAGCUAAUGUUGCAACUCUUGUAUAUGUGUGUCUGUUCCUGUGGUAUUUGCUUCGACGACGGAGGAAGAUUUGUGACAUCCCUGAAGAUGCAUGGAGGCUCUGGGUAUCAGCUGGAGGACUCUGCGUGGGAGGCUGGGCUGUGAAUUACCUUCCCUUUUUCAUGAUGGAGAAGACACUUUUCCUGUACCACUACCUGCCUGCUCUCACUUUCCAAAUUCUCCUGAUUCCUGUUGUACUGCAGCAUCUGACUGAUCAUCUCUGCAGAUCCCAACUCCCUAAGAACGCGUUCAGUGCCUUGAUGGUAGCCUGGUUCUCUUCCGUUUACCUGGUCUAUCGCACAUUCAGCCCACUGACCUAUGGGGAGCCUACCCUCUCAGCAGCUGAGCUGAGGGCCCUGCGCUGGAAGGAAAGCUGGGACAUCUUGAUCCGCACACACUAGUGGAGCCAGUCAAGAUAGAACUGAUCAUGCUUACAAGUAACUCUGCUCUCAUUUCUUGAUAGGGGUUUAAGGUAAAAAGCCUUGUAAUUUAUGUCGGCAAGAAUUCAAUCCCCAUUAGGCAGAUGAUGUAAUGGUAAGACUCAGUUUUUGUUCUCCUCUAUAGCAUGAAUUAGUCUCAUUGCAAAUCUACAGUAUUAUAGAUUAGCUGCAUUGUGUAGAACAGGUGCCUAGACUGAUCUUUUUACUAUAGCACUUCCUCAUGUUCUAACUACCAGCCUGCUGCUCAAGGCUGCCACCUUUGGAGGAAAGAGACUCAUACCUGACACGAUGCAUUCAAGGGAGACCCUAGUGACACUUCACUGAAGCUUUAACUAACAACCUCCACACAGAGCUCACAGCUAUAUGGCUGAGAGGAGAUUACACAGGGAUUUGUUUGCUCAUUCCUGCUCCCUGUGCUGUUUAGACACCCCUAGUGAGUAUGUCUGGGCUGGGGGGGAGAAGGGGUGUAUGAAAAUACUUAAUAUAAAAUGGUUACAUUCA